CCGGGUCCCGCGUCACUCCGGAAGCCCCCGAGUUCCGGAAGCCUGGAUAACCCAGAUUCUGCUAGGAAAAGGCAAGUUUCCCAGAGAAUGUUUCAGGACACUUGAGUUGCGGCGUGGGCGUUUCGCAGACUCCUAAGCCCCUGGCAAGUAUGAGGCAAGGAUUUCACAGAACUUGCAGCAAAAAUUCCCACCGUCUUUGCUGUAGACUAUCAAGUCUUGAGGAAGCUGCAGGAAGGGGAAAAAGAGACCUUCAGAGAAGACAUGGCUCCCAAAGAAGAGAAUACAAAGAGUGCAAAUAGAGUGUUAAGAAUAAGUCAGCUGGAUGCACUUGAACUAAACAAGGCCCUGGAGCAGCUAGUUUGGUCCCAGUUUACUCAGUGCUUUCAUGGAUUUAAGCCAGGGCUGUUAGCCCACUUUGAACCAGAAGUGAAAGCAUUCUUGUGGCUUUUCCUGUGGAGGUUCACCAUCUACUCCAAAAAUGCCACUGUGGGACAGUCAGUUUUGAAUAUUCGGUACAAAAAUGAUUUUUCUUCGAAUCUGAAGUAUCAACCACCAAGUAAAAAUCAAAAGCUCUGGUAUGCUGUUUGUACAGUUGGUGGGAGGUGGUUAGAAGAACGAUGCUAUGAUUUGUUUCGAAACCGUCACUUAGCAUCAUUCGGGAAAGUCAAGCAGUCUGUGAAUUUUGUGGUGGGACUUUUGAAAUUGGGUGAGUUGAUUAAUUUUUUGAUUUUCCUUCAAAGGGGAAAGUUUGCAACUUUGACAGAACGUCUCCUAGGCAUUCGUUCUGUGUUUUGCAAGCCCCAAAACGUCCGAGAAGUUGGCUUUGAGUAUAUGAAUAGGGAACUUCUCUGGCAUGGUUUUGCAGAGUUUCUGAUUUUUCUUUUACCACUUAUCAAUAUCCAGAAGUUAAAAGCCAAGUUAUCUUCAUGGUGCAUCCCUCUUACUGGUGCUCCUAAUAGUGACAGCACACUAGCCACCAGUGGCAAAGAAUGUUCUCUGUGUGGAGAGUGGCCCACUAUGCCUCAUACCAUAGGAUGUGAGCAUGUUUUCUGUUAUUUCUGUGCUAAGAGCAGUUUCUUAUUUGACAUGUACUUUACUUGUCCUAAAUGUGGAACAGAGGUACACAGUGUGCAGCCACUGAAAUCAGGAAUUGAAAUGUCUGAAGUGAAUACUCUUUAAAAUUGUUUCCUCUGAGGAAAAAUGUGUUAUACUAAAUCCUUAAUGUUAGUCAUCCGAAGUAUACCAAUUAGUUUUCUUUUAUAAGGCAUGUGUUUAGCCACUGUCUUCUCUUCCUUCCCAGGCAUGACUAAAUUCUAACCACUGGAUAUCUCUUGAUUCUACAUUAAAUGUAUUAUUAUUUAAAAAAUCAUUGCAUUCUAACUCUGACUUUAAAAUAAAUAAAUAAAUCUUUUUUAAAAAAUCACUGCAUUCAGUUUUCCAUGUCAAUAAUAAUGGGCAGUUUUGUAAGAUGACUACUAAGAACACUUUUCGAUUUUGCUGCUUCCUAGAAAGAAAUUGGACUCUAAAAAUAAAAGAUUUUGGAGACUCUGGGAUGAGUGUGAAUUUAUUUUCAGAGAAGACAUAAUAUAAUCUGACAAUGGACAGACCCUAUUGUUUUCAGCCUAAAGUUCUGAUACCUCGGUUGUGGCUAUAAGCUUUUCUCUGAAACUGUUUGUUAAGAGCUUCAGUCUAUCACCAUCAGACACUUCCCAGUUGUCUUCUUACAUUUUCAGAAAUCUGCAGUUACUUAAGGCAGCUUAAAUAUGAAAGCUGGGGGCUACUGAGGACAGCUGGCCUGAAGAACCCUGCUUAUUAGGUCUCCAUCUAGCCUUUGAUUCAGGGCAUAUAUUAACAGCAAGCAUACUGAUAGUUUUGUGCAGUAUCAGAGGUUAGUACAGUAUGUAGCAACACAUAUCAAGAUAAUUUGUAUAUUUUUUCAUUCAUUUUUCUCUGUAUUUUUCACUUAAAACUAAUAAAUGAACUUUUAGCUAAAUAACCAUGUGAAAAAUAUUUUUAAGUUACUUUCCAAAAUAAUAGCAUUUAUUUGUUUUGUUUAAAGAUGUAUUUAUUUAUUUGAAAGUCAGAGUUAGAUAGAGAAGGAGAGGGAGAGAGAGAGAAAGGUCUUACAUCCACUGGGUCAGUCCCCAGUUGGCCACAAUGGCCAGAGCUGCACCAAUCUGAAGCUCGGAGCCAGGAGCUUUCUCUGGGUCUUCCCACGUGGGUUCAGGGGCCCAAGGACUUGGGCUAUCUUGUACUGUUUUCCCAGCAUAGCAGAGAGCUGGAUUGGAAGUGGAGCAGCCUGGACUCGAACCGACACCCACAUGGGAUGCCAGCACUGCAGGCGGUUUCCUUAUCCACUACACCACAACACAGGCUCUGCAUUUAUUUGUUUUUAAAAGCUUAAUUGAGGCCAGUGCUGUGGCUCACUUGGCUAAUCCUCCGCCUGCAGCGCUGGCACCCCGGAUUCUAGUCCCAGUUGCUCCUCUUCCAGGCCAGCUCUCUGCUGUGGCCCGAGAAGGCAGUGGAGGAUGGCCCAAGUGCUUGGGCACCUGCACCCGCAUGGGAGACCAGGAGGAGGCACUUGGCUUCUGGCUUUGGAUUGGUGCAGCGCUCCUGCCUUAGCAGCCAUUUUGGUUAACCAACGGAAAAGGAAGACCUUUGUCUCUCUCUAACUCUGCCUGUCAAAAAAAAAAAAAAGUUUAAUUGAAAGGCAGAGCAACAGAGAUAUGGGGGGAGAGAGAGAGAUCUGCUGGUUCACUCUCUAAAUGCCUGCAACACCCAGAACUAGGCUAGGCUGAAGCCAGGAACCAGGAACUGCACCCAGUUCUCCCACAUGGGUAUCACGUACUCAAGUACUUGAGGCAUUAUCUGCUGCCUUCCAGGUGUGAAUUAGCAAGAAACUGUAUCCAAUUUGGAGGCAGAAUUCGAUCCUGGGGAUGCAGACAUUCCAAGUAUUAGGCUAACCCACUACACCACAACCCUCACCCAGGCAUUUAUUUUUAAGCCAGAUUCGAGUACUGAUUCAAGUCCCAGCUGCUCCCUGCAAUUCAGCUCCCUACUAAUUUGUCUGGGACGGCACUAAAAUAUGGCCCAAGUACUUGGGUCCCUACUACCCAUGUUAGAGACCAGGAUGGAGUCCCUGGCUCCUGGCUUUGGCCUGCCCCAGAUCUGGGUAUUGUAGCUAUUUGGACAAUGGAACUAAUGGAAGAUCUUUUUUUUCUCUCCCUUUUCAGUCUCUGCCUUUCAACUAAAUAAACAGGUAAAUCUUUUAAACUCUUAAAAUGAUUGUAUUAGGCUUUUCUCACUACAACUAAAUACCUGAAAUAUGCUACUAAUGAUGGAAGGAGAUGUAUUUUGGCUUACACCUUUGGUGGUUCACAGUCCAAGAUCAGACGGACCCAUUGGUUUUGCUAACUGAUGAGGUGGUCAGUGACGGAACAUGUAGGGAGAAAUGAUCACCUGGCAAACAAAAGCAGGGAGAUGAGUGGCUAGGCCCAACUCAGGCUUAUAUAAGCAACCCUCUUGCAAAAAACCACCUUCUGAGGACAUAGCCUAAAAGAAACUAGGAUCUCUCACUAGAUUCACCUUCUAAACACGUUAAUUAAAUCAAGCCUCCAGCCCCCAACAUAAGCCGGUCCACAACCUUGGAAUUUAAAUGUCUGCUGAGUAAAGAAGCCAGAUCCUUUUUAACCCAUAGCAAUAAUAUCAAAUCAGAUUGAGCAUUGGUUUGCCCCAAAUCUUAACUUAAAUGUCUUGAAAAACCCAGUUGUUGGCCGGCACCGUGGCUUAACAGGCUAAUCCUCUGCCUUGCGGCGCUGGCACACUGGGUUCUAGUCCCGGUUGGGGCGCCGGAUUCUAUCCCGGUUGCCCGUCUUCCAGGCCAGCUCUCUGGUAUGGCCCGGGAAGGCAGUGGAGGAUGGCCCAAGUGCUUGGGCCCUGCACCUGCAUGGGAGACCAGGAGAAGCACCUGGCUCCUGGCUUCGGAUCAGCACGAUGCGCCGGCCACAGUGGCCAUUGGAGGGUGAACCAACGGCAAAAAGGAAGACCUUUCUCUCUGUCUCUCUCUCUCACUAUCCACUCUGCCUGUCAAAAACAAAAACAAAACAGUUGUUAUGUAAUAAGCAUCUUGCUUGAAAAAUAAGAUGUUAUAGUUCAACUUCCAUUCAAUAGGCACUUAGGUUCCAAGUAUUAAUGU